AUGCUUGUAGUCCUCCACCCAUUCUGUACAGCAGCAAUACUAAAUGCUAAAGCUCUGCGCAAAGAAAGAAUAGCUUAUAGAACUGCUGUUAUAGCUCUUAAGGUUCCAACCUCACCCUCCAAUACACAUACACUCUUCACACACAAGUGUUAUACAGAAGUUACUUUCUUUAAGCAAAAAAGUGGAAUUUCAUCUGAUUUAUUCAUGAAAUUUCGCCAGCUACGGUUGUGUGCUCGAGCUCACCUCACCGAACAGCGGAAGCCAUGCAUUCAGCUUUCGUUCUGUGGGUUUGCAUCACUAAUUCCCCAGCGGUUGUUUAGGCAACACCGAAUUUCUGCCGCGAAUAAACAAUUUGUUUUUUUUAACUUUGCAAAAUUAUCCAAAUUCCAAAAGUCUUUAAAGAGAAAAGAUAAUUAUAAAAGGUGUUCUUUCGUCACUAAAAAUCCCGUCAUUAUUGUUUUUAUGAAUCAUUUGAAACCAAACGAAAAUUCCAGAGCACAAGUGAUUAGUCAUUAUGUGUUGGUAGACUGCACACGUCACGUAUACGUGACGCUGGGCGAAAGUAUAGUGAAGCACCCAAAUUCCCCUUUAAAUCGGUGCUUUAUAUCAAUAUCAUCCCAAAUAACAAACUCUUUACUCAAAACUAACUUAAUAAAAUUUCGUUUCUUAUUUAUCUUAGACAAAAAUUAUUCCAAAAAACGCAUAAGUCAAUCACGAGGUGAUGUAGUUUGCAAUCCUUCAUUAGAAACGUGUCCUUUACCACCACCACCGUGGCCGCCAAUACUGACACAUAUAUGUGACCUCCCGAUUUUCAUAUCAAAGCCGAAGUGUAAUGCAUGUGUGGAACGUUUAAUUAAAAGGAAAUAA